UUUAUUCAAAGCCGCAGAAGAAGCACGCCUACCGAAACGAUUGCGUCCUGACCUAGGAGGUGCCUUACGUGAAUUCACGACACGCGAAAGCCAUUGUUUUCAACAGUUAAAAACCGAAGACGGAAGUAAUGCCCUGUUCACCUCACAAGAGCGACAAUGGCUCGUCCUGCAGGUGUUACAAGGCCUCCGCGCUGGUCAAACAGACAUUGAAGCGUUACAAGGACGGUCAACCGUAGCCGAAGGACAGAGCAUCGUGGCUGCUUGGCAAGAAACCGGCCUGAUUGUGCAGAUGUUCCCGCUACACGAAACAAGAUCCUUGGCCCUGCUGCAAAGCAGUUGGGUGAGGCAGAUUUUUGCUCCGCAACCGCUUGAUGACAUUGCAGAAUACUUUGGUGUGAAAGUGGCCCUGUACUUUGCUUGGUUGGGACAUUACACGUUCGCCUUAGGACUUCCAGCUGUUUUUGGAACGAUAUUAUAUGCAGCAUUGUGGGCUAAAGGACAAACAGCGCAAGAUAUGGGACAUGUCUUUUUCUCUCUCUUCAAUGUAGCAUGGGCUUCGUUGUAUUUGGAAGCGUGGAAACGAUACUCCGUCGAACUAGCCUUUCGUUGGGGUACGUUGUCGACGCCACCUGAAUUACUUGAACCUCCUAGACCACUUUAUAAGGGUACUUUAAUGGAAAAUAAUGUAACUGGGCGUGUGGAACCAAAGGAGGCGCCGGCGUGGAAGCGACGUACUUUUCGUUAUCUUGUCAGUUUUCCUGUCAUUGGGAUGUGUUUGACUCUGGUUUUUGUUGUUAUGUUCCUGAUGCUACGUUUCCAGGGAUGAUUUGAAUAUCCGGUUCGAAAUGGGUCAAUAUGCUAUUUUACAUGAUAUGUUUUUAAGAUUUCAACAAAGCUAUUAUAUGCGAGAUCCUCAACCACUAUUGGAUAUAGAUAAAUAUAAAUCAUUUGCUCAGCUUACUGUAAUCGAUGACACUUAUCAGAACGAAACUGUACAAUCAGGACCUAUCAACAUUCGAAUUGGAUUCGAUACCGAAGUUAACAAACCUACUCCAGCUAAUACAUCAGCAUACUGUCUAGUAAUUCAUGAUCGCUUAAUAUAAUAUUUACCUCUAACUGAUGAAAUUGAAAAAGUUAUUUAAAUAAGUUUCAUCAUACUUAAUUUUCGUUUUAUUAAUAAACCUAUAAUACGAUUUUUUAAUAUUAUCAAUUUCAUAAUGAUUGAAUUUUUAUACGUAUAUAAAACUAUUUCUAGCAAUAUAAUUUUUAUGAUCAAAACAGCCCUGUUUAGCAGUUAGCUGUUUAAUAGAACAGCCCUGUUAGCUUCAAUUAAAAGUAUAGAUGUUUCAUUAAUGUCUUUAAGAGUUGAAGUUAAGAAAAAGGCGAUAUCUUCAAGUUCAUAGGAACCAAUAUGUAUUUCAACACAUUUUAAUUGAGUCAUAUUAUGAAGUAACUAUAAAUAGAUUACUAAAAUAUAUAUGUAUUUAAAUAUGUUCUUUAUCAAUAGUUUAUCAUUAAUAUAUUAAUAAAGCAAUGAUGAAGUCAGGGUUAUUCCUAUGAUUAACGCAAAAAAAUUUUGAAAUGUAUUUUUUAUAAAAUAUAAUGAAAACUGUUAUGAUUCAUAAACAUAUAUAUUAAUACUAAAUUAACAUAAAACAAUAUGUAUUGGUGUCAACCCGUGAAACCUAAUAAUAGAUAUUGCCAUGCUCAAUGGAAAAGUUUUAAUAUUAUUACCAGUAUAUUAAGAGAUAAAACCUUAGAGAUACAGUAAAACCCGCUUAAGUACCUCACGAAAAAUGUCAGCUUUUGG